AUGCAAAAAGGAUCCAAACAAUGCUAUACUGAGACGAGCGACCCUUCCAAACCCUAAUUGUCUGAUUCCAGUUCAGAGCUCCUUCCCGUAGCUCUGUGAUCCAUCCUCUUCCAAUGCUCGCAGCUGCUUGUUACUGAUCGCGAUGGCGCCCCGACUCGGAGGCGAUGUGCCGUUCAAAUUGUCAUUAGCAGGCUAUGGAGGGAAUCUCAGCGUGGUUAAUUUGCCGCCUGUUUGUCGAGACUCGCCGUUUAGCAAUCUCCCAGACCUCGUACUUCCUCCCCCUUUCCCCCCCGAGACACGAGAAAGUGCGCUGAGGAAAAUCGAAGAGCAAUAUCUCACUCCCUGCCUGGAUGAGGCAGCUAGUGAUGUUGCGCUCUGCGGAAAGCAAUGGGAUUUUGACUGGUUCGGUGAAGGUGUUCAAGAGCUGCAACCUUCAUUGCCUUGUCUGACAAUCGAGCCAGUCUGGGAACCACCCUACACACGUGGACAGGGCGAUGUCAGAAAUGGACAUGGAGUCGAGGACUGGAUACCAGAUUUUGAGCAAGUGCAAACUGAACAUGCAAACCUCAACUCACGAAAUUCUUCUUCAGUGCUACGAAAGCCAGGACAUCCUGAGGACUUUGUGAGAGGGACCACGAGUAACCAUCCCUUUCGACCAGGUGGUUUCGACCUUCCUCAAAGUUCAGGCAAGACUGUCCCUGCAGGGGCGUUGAAUGGGGAUUGGCUAAGAGAAGUACUUCAUGGCGGCCCUUUACAAAAAGUCGCUCCUGGUUUCAAGCAUGGCAUAGAUUUUGGAUUGCCAGAGCCAUAUAUUGUUCGACAAGGCUGGGAUGUAACAGCUGAAACUUCCAGAUCUGCAGAAGUCCAAGAAAGCUCCGUUUUUAAUCAUGAUGGAGGAGUCUCACGCUUUGACGAUCUAUUCAAAAAGAAUUGGGAGCAGAAUGAUGCUCCAGCUGAAAGCGACGAAGAAGUGCAAGAACUCGACAAGGAAGCUAGUGCAGUAUAUCUGGAUGCCCAAACUGAGAAUGGGCACCAGGCUAUGCGGUAUGAAGAAGUGCUAUUAGACGAAAUUCUGGGAGAUCCCAAAGUUGUAAUUAAAUCUGCAAAGGCCCACCUGAAAAUGUCACCAAACAGAGAGGUCUGGGCGGUGAUGGAGCCUGUUCCGAAUAUUUCUCAGCGCUUUGAAGAACUGGUGCCAGACCUUGCCCUCUCUUUCCCCUUCAAGCUUGACACCUUCCAGAAAGAGGCAAUUUAUCAUCUGGAAAGAAACGAGUCAGUAUUUGUAGCAGCACAUACAUCUGCUGGAAAAACCGUUGUUGCUGAAUACGCUUUUGCGUUGGCUGCUAAACAAUGUACACGAGCAGUCUAUACCUCUCCCAUAAAGACCAUCAGCAAUCAGAAGUUCCGAGAUUUUGGUGGAAAGUUCGAUGUGGGUCUGCUGACUGGAGAUGUUAGCUUGCGGCCUGAGGCGUCUUGUCUCAUUAUGACUACAGAGAUUUUGCGCUCCAUGUUGUAUAAGGGUGCAGAUAUUAUUCGAGACAUUGAGUGGGUGAUUUUUGACGAGGUACAUUACGUAAACGAUGUGGAGAGAGGUGUGGUGUGGGAGGAGGUGAUCAUUAUGCUGCCUCCUCACGUUAACUUGGUUCUGCUAUCUGCUACUGUACCAAACACGUUUGAGUUUGCAGAUUGGAUAGGCAGGACAAAAAGGAAACUAAUCUACGUAACAGGAACUAUGCAGAGACCGGUUCCAUUGGAGCACUGCAUAUAUUAUGGAGGGGAGUUGUAUAAAAUCUGUGAGCAAUCAACGUUCUUACCUGAAGGUAUUAAAGAGGCUCAGAAAGCUCAUCUUGCUAAAACAACUAAGCAGGCAUCUGCAGGCUCUAGUGUUGGAAGUGCUAGUCAAGGUCGUGGAGGGGGCACUCAUGGACGUGGGGGAGGUCCUGCUGGUCGUGGUGGCAGUAUGCCAGGAAGGGGAGGUGACAAUCAAGGAAAGGUUGGGGGUCGCAAGGGACCUACUUCAAAACAAGUUGCCCAGGGAGCAAUUCAAGCUGCUAUGCGUGGGGGUGGCACUGGUUGGAGGUCAGAAACCUCACAGUGGUACACACUCAUCAACAAUCUCAAUUCGAAGGGGCUUCUCCCUGUUGUGGUGUUCUGCUUUUCUAAAAACAGGUGUGAUCAGUCAGCUGAUAGUUUAAGUUCAAUUGAUCUUACUAUUCAGAGUGAGAAGAGUGAGAUAUACAUGUUCUGCCAGAAAGCAUUUUCUCGAUUGAAAGGGUCCGAUCGGCGACUACCUCAAGUUGUGCGUGUGCAAGAGCUGCUAAAGCGGGGUAUUGGUGUUCAUCAUGCUGGUCUAUUACCCAUAGUGAAAGAAGUUGUAGAAAUGCUCUUCUGUCGUGGUGUCAUCAAGGUCUUGUUCUCUACAGAAACGUUUGCUAUGGGUGUGAACGCUCCAGCUCGAACGGUUGCUUUUCAUAGUCUCCGAAAACAUGAUGGCAAGACAUUCCGGCAAAUCCUAUCUGGCGAGUAUACACAGAUGGCUGGGCGGGCUGGUCGGCGUGGUCUAGACAAGGUGGGCACCGUUGUAAUAAUGUGCUGGGAUGAUAUCCCGGAAGAAGGGGAUUUAAAGCGUCUAUUGACCGGAAGGCCAACUAAAUUGGAAUCCCAGUUUCGUCUUACAUAUAGCAUGAUACUUAACUUACUUCGUGUUGAAGAUCUUAAGGUGGAGGAUAUGCUGAAGCGGAGCUUUGCUGAAUUUCAUGCUCAACGUUCUCUUCCUGAGCAGCAACAACAGUUACUAGAACGAGAGGGCGCACUCUCAAAGAUGAACGUCCAAAUCAAUUGUAUACUUGGAGAACCUUCCAUAGAAGACUACUUCAGUGUUUAUUUGGAGUACGAUAAGUUAGGAGACAAGAUUCAAGAGGCUGUCAUGCAGUCUAGAGGAGGGCAACAAGCACUUGUUGCCGGACGAGUGGUCCUUGUUCGCAACUCUAUUGUACCCGUUCCCACUUUGGGAGUGAUUGUGAGAGCUGCUACAGGGAACACAAAAUUACCAAUUGUCUUGGCAAUUCAUAGGGCUCCGCUCCCUGCAACGAGAGGAAACCCUGGUCUAGCAGCUGUCACAAAAGCCACCAAUGAGCUUGCAAAAGCAGGAUACUUUAUCAGUAAAAAAGGGGGAGAUAAUGGUGAUGAUUUCUUUAUGGGCAUUGGUUCUCGUAAAGGGACUGGUGUCAUGAAAAUCUCUCUGCCUCAUUAUGGAACAGCUGCGGGAUUUGGUUAUGUGGUCAUGGAAGUCGAUAAUCAAGGAUUUCUUAGCUUAUGUAAAGCAAAGAUACGUGUUGAUUCUGCUCGGUUAUUGGAGGACAAUUCUCCUGCUGCAUACACGUCAACUAUGAAGGAGCUUCUUCAACUCGAGAAAGAAUAUCCUGGUCAAGAUCCUCCUGCAUUGGACCUUUUGAAAGAUUUGAAGUUCACCGACUUUGGAGUGGUGGAAGCCUACCGUAAACAGCAGGCUUUGCUUGAGAUCAUGGCACAAAACAAGUGUCAUAAAUGUCCUAAGCUUCAAGAACACUAUACUCUUGUGAAAAACCAGCACAUAUUGAAAGAGCGAGUCAGCCAGUUGAAGUACGAGCUUUCCGAUGCAGCACUCCAGCAAAUGCCUGAUUUUGGUAAAAGGAUAGAGGUGUUGCAAGCGGUGGAGUGCAUAGAUGCUGAACUCGUUGUGCAGCUCAAGGGACGGGUGGCUUGUGAACUCAACAGCUGUGACGAGCUGAUUGCUACAGAAUGUCUUUUCGACAAUCAAUUGGGUGAUUUGACCCCUGCGGAAGCUGUUGCACUUCUCUCCUCUUUGGUAUUUCAGCAAAAGGAUGCUAGUGAGCCUGUCUUGACAGAACGCUUGGAACAAGCUAGGGACAGGCUUUACCACACAGCUAUUAGGCUUGGAAACGUUCAGAAGAGCUUCGAUUUAUCACUUGACCCGGAAGACUAUGCACGUGCUAAUUUAAAAUUCGGACUCAUGGAAGUUGUCUAUGAAUGGGCCAAGGGGACCUCCUUUGCGGACAUUUGUGAAAUUACAAAUGUACCAGAAGGAUCUAUUGUGCGAACAAUUGUUAGGCUUGAUGAGACAUGUCGAGAGUUCAGAAAUGCAGCUCGACUCAUUGGAGAUUCUACCCUCUUCGAGAAGAUGGAGCAGGCGUCAAAUGCUAUUAAACGCGACAUUGUAUUUGCAGCGAGCCUGUACGUCACAGGUGUUCCUGUUAUAUAAUAUUUUCAGAAUUCAUCACUUUUCACACCA